GUGACCUCUAUGCCCUCCUCCGUAGCGUCAAUUCGGAGAGUAGCAACAUUGAUUAUGCGUAAAGAGACAACACCACGUUGCACCCUCGAAAGCAGCCCAUCGCCAUCUCAUUCGCCCAUUAAACUAGAACUACGGACACAGACAAACUGCCCGGCGAACAGUGUUCAAAAGCGUUCAACAAUUGUUCGCUUGGUGCUUGAAGAUGUAGAAUAUUUCAGGGUGUUUUCUUCCUCAUAUUUGAAUCCAGGCAGCAGUAAGCAAUAUUUAUACUGCCUGAAAUCAAAAUGCAGUCAAGGUCCAAAGCUUGAUCAUGGAGUGACUUUUGUGGGUAAAUUGGAUAUGAUGUGGAGGGCAUUAAUGGGCGAGCUGGGUCGACUUCAGACAAGCCAAUUGCAGAGAAUGGUAACGGGUUAUGGUGAUUUGCGACUUCUCGUGAAGGCCAUUCCAAGCGUUGUGAAGCUAUUCACCCCAUUUGAUGUGAUUUGCACAUUGCAGAAUUGCUGCGAUCGUAAUUUGGACCUGACGUUGACACUUGACAACUCUCUACAACCUGGUCUUAUAUGGGACAGCAUUUCCGGAGUCAAGCUGGAAGAGCUAACCGCAAACAAAAUAAUUGAAAUCAGUCUUUCCGUCAUUCCAACAAUGUUGGGUCUUCAGGUAUGUUUUCCAUACGGAUGUGACACUUUUCUCUCUGUUUUCGGUAUCAUCCAUAGGGCAUAUUCCAGACAAUCUGUUCUUUUCGCUCAUGAAUUAGUCAGCCACCAGUCAAAGGGUAGACGGCCUGAAGGGACUUCACCAUCCUCUCGCUGA